AUGGAGGACAACCUGCCCCCGGGCUUUCCCCCGGGCUACACCUUGAGCGGCAACACCAGCCACUCCAAGGCCUACGACCUUCUUGUGAAGAAGGCAGCAGGCCUCGUGCGACAGGAGGAUGCACAACGGGCCGGCCCACCUCGUCUCUCAACCACCACCACCACCACAGCAAAAUGUCGCACGAGGAAAUUGAGAGACGCCACUAGCCUCCUGCGCAAGGGGGAGGCUCCGAGCACUCCCAGGCGUACUCGAAGGGCGACGAAAACCUCGGCCUUCCCGCGGCGCACACCACGGGCGAAAACAGGCAAGGCAGAGAACGGCACAAACCUCCCUGCUUCCAUCGACGUCCCCCCUCAAUACGAGGCAACACAGCAGACGGCCGCCGCCAUUUUCUUGCCGCAAACAUCGUCUGCCACCGCCAUUGAAGGAGCCCCCGUCAUCCCUCCACUUCCCAAGAAUGGCAAGGAAUGCAACAAAGGAGAGACAGAGCUGGAGGAAAACCUGUCUUUCCUCCCUCGCCGAGAGAGCUACAGGAACACCAGUCACGAGUUCCCCUCCUCGUGCUCGCACGUCACCCCGGCGUUCUCCUCUCCCGCCGUCUCAACCGCGGAGAGCAGCCCGACCGGUUCCCCACCUGCCCCCUCCGCAGCAACUGCCUCCCCACCUGAACAAGCUCGAGAGGCCGCGGCCACUGCAAACAGCCCGGGAGCCCUUUCCCCUCCUGCCCCCAGCACUGAUGUCAUGGCGACAGCGAAGAAAGGAAGCAAACAGCUGACACAACAAGCAGCACAAACACAAGCGAGCGGCGAGGCCCCCCCCAAAAAGGAGCCAGCCCCUCACUCGCCCAAGCUGUGUAUUGGGCACCCUAACUACUGA